AUGGCAAGCUACUGUCAGAGUCCCAACACCAUGUGUCCAGGUCCAGCACAGAGCCACCGGGAACUGUCACAGUGCAGCGGGACCCCAUAUCUGCUCCUUCCUGAACCAGUGUGGACUGGGUGCACAGCAGGGGAGAAAGUGAGGAAAUCCAGCCUGAGCGUGGUUCAGGUCCAGGCCAGUGAGCAGAGUGUCCAGUGUCUUCUCCUUGAGGAAGGCAGCCAGCCCACUGGCUCCUGCUGGCUCCCACUGGCUCCUGCUGGGCUCCUGCGACUCCUCCAGCUGAACCUCCUGAAGGACCCUGCACCCCAGGACACAAUGGCCGCAAGGUUAGGGAGGCCACUGGUUGAGGUGGCAGGAGUACCCCUACCUGCUUCCACGGUGGACAACUGGAGCCAGAUCCAUAACUUUGAAGCCAAGCCAGACGAUCUCCUCAUCUGUACCUACCCCAAGUCAGGGACAACAUGGAUACAGGAAAUUGUGGACAUGAUUGAGCAGGAUGGGGAUGAGAUGAAGUGCCAGCGGUCCAUCAUUCAGCUCCGUCACCCAUUCAUUGAGUGGGCACAGCCACCCCAGCCCUCAGGUGUGAACAAAGCUAAUAUCAUGCCCUCCCCGAGGACGAUGAGGACACACCUGUCCACAGUGUUGCUGCCACCUUCUUUCUGGGGAAAGAGCUGCAAGUUCAUUUAUGUAGCUCGGAAUGCCAAGGACUGCAUGGUUUCCUACUACCAUUUCCAAAGGAUGAACAAAAAGCUCCCCGACCCUGGUACCUGGGAAGAGUACUUUGAAACCUUCGUCAAUGGAAAAGUAGCCUGGGGCUCCUGGUUUGAUCAUGUGAGAGGAUGGUGGGACAUGAGGGACAGAUACCAAGUUCUCUUCCUCUUCUAUGAGGACAUAAAGAGGGAUCCCAAGCAGGAAAUCCAGAAGGUGAUGCAGUUCAUGGGAAAGAACUUGGAAGAAGCAGUGCUGGAUAAAAUUGUCCAGCAGACAUCCUUUGAGAAAAUGAAAGAAAAUCCCUUGGUGAAUCGUUCCACAGUUCCCAAAUCUCACAUGGACCUAACUGUUUCUUCUUUCAUGAGAAAAGGAACUGUGGGGGACUGGAAAAACUACUUCACUGUGGCCCAGAAUGAGAGGUUUGAAGAAAUCUACAGAGAAAAGAUGAAAGGCACUUCUAUCUGCUUCUGCCUGGAGCUCUGA